ACAAAACAAAAAUAAUAUAACCUUCUGUAACAAGUCAUCGACAUUUCGGCCACAAUAAAUAACAAAAUUUCCAAGUGUAAUCUUUAUCUAUUCAAGUAACAUAAAAUUGAUUUAAAAAAAAACAAUAAAAUAAAAUGAAAAUGGACGAAUGGGAGAAGCCUCUCUGGAUACCGACCCGAGGAUUCGAGGAGGUCGACGCUUACCCAAUUCCUCAGCUACCUAUAGUAUGUCGCCGCCGGGAAUUACCGACCUACGCGCCGACCGGCAUGUGCACCGAACCCGUGUCGUUCCCGAGCAUCGUCACGGGCCACGACAGCGGCCCCGUCGAGGUGGCCCGCCAUCCGCCACCCUACCACUACUGCUGCUCCCGAUGCGGCAACGGCGGCCAGUGCCGCUGCAUGGAGGGCCACUUGGGCUUCGCGAGCGACGUCGAGCGCGAGCUGCGAGGCGGCAAAUCGAUCAGCGCCGAGUUGGAGGCCCACCACGAGUGGCUCCAAGCCGUAGCCGCGGCUAGUUCGAAAGCCUCGGCCCGGCUCGUGAGCGAAAAGACGAGCGAUCUGCAGGGAAAGAUAGGCUGUCUGAGGUCGAAGCUCGAGCAGCUGCUGCUGGAGUGUCGCGAGCUGGAGAACACGAAGCGUCAGCUGCAGGCGGCCGAGCAGGUGGUGCAGGCGCCCCAGCUCAUUGCCCAGAACUGCAUAAGGCUGAGGUUCAGCGGUAGGCAGGGAGCCGAUCUGAGGAACGACGAGGUGGACGAGCUGCUGGCCGACGAGGUGCACAACUGCGAGGACCGCCAGACGACGAUCGGCAAACUGCUCGAUCAGAUCGAUUACGAGCUGCUGCAGGCGAAGACGAUGCAGUACGAGCUCGAGCAGUUCCUGCAGCGACUCGAGUGGGCCACCAAGGUGGACAAAUCCGACGCGGCUAUUCUGAGGCUGGGCCAGGAGCCGGAUCUGCGCACGAGAUUCGCCUGUCUGGUGUCCCAGGCGGACGAGUUGCUGAAGAGGAGCCAGGAGUGGCGGCGCAAGGCCAGGACGACGAUGGAGAGCGCGUCCAAGAGCAUACUGACCAAGUGGUGCGCGACCAGCAAGGCGCUCGAGGCCAAUGUCAAGGAGAUCAGGCAGGCCAAGGCCAAGAUCAUGUAUUCCGUGUGCAAGAUAAAAAAUGAAAUAAUCAACGUUGAAAAAAACUUAAAACAUAUGAAAACCAGUAGCAGUAGUAGUAGUAGUAGUAAUGAUAAUUGCUACGUUAAAAAUUGUAAUAAUAACGAAGAGGACGCGGAGGACGCGGAGGAGCUGAUCAAGCGCGGCGAGGCCCAGCUCGAGUCUCUCCGGGUAACGAAAAACAAUCUCGACGCCGAGCUCGUUGCCAAGUGCAACUCGCAGUUCGUCGACGAGCACAAGUGCAUGACGAUGAGAAAGGCCUAUCCGAUAUCAAUCUUAUGGAAAUGUCUUCAUGAAACUAUUCUCUAA